AGUCGUUGGCGUCCACAUCGACCGCGCGGCAUGCCGUAUUUCUGACGGAGUCUGGCCGUAAACGGCGGAAAUGUUGGUGUUGAUGGCGCUGACAACGAGCUGACGAUCACAGUAUUUUCCUGGUGUUCCAACAAAGCGGACGUAAAAAUCGGAGAGCAAGUUAAAAACGUGGUGAAUACGUAAACUUACAAAGUGUUUAAAAAGAGAUAGGAAGAGCAGUGAAAGUUGUAAAAAAAACCACAAAACUCCAACAAGAAGAUAAAUAAAAAAAUAAAAAUAAAUAUUAAAAAUUGAAAAAGCCUAUUUUUUCGCAAUGACUACCAACGGCAAACGUGUGUGUGUAAUUGGCGCUGGCACAGCAGGACUUUGUGCGCUAAAAAAUUCACUACAGCAAGGCAUGGACGCGAUCGCUUAUGAGCAAUGUAGCGAAGUCGGUGGCACCUGGGUGUAUACGAAACCAGGUCAGGACGAUGUACACAGCAGCAUGUACGAAGGCUUGCGCACAAAUCUGCCAAAGGAAGUAAUGGGCUAUCCCGAUUACUCAUAUCCCAAGGAUGUCGAACAAUCUUUUGUGCCAUCGUCGGAGGUCUUGAAAUUUUUGCAAUCAUAUGCGCAACAUUUUGACUUGACAAAAUAUAUUAAGCUGCAACACGAGAUAAUACGUGUACGACCAUUGAACGGUAAAUGGGAGAUUUAUGUGCGAGACAUCAAGAAUGAUAAAUUCUGUAAGGAAAUUUUCGAUUAUGUUUUUGUUUGUAAUGGACAUUAUAGCAUGCCUUUGAUGCCGAAAAUCGAGGGCAUAGACGACUAUAAAGGCAAAAAAUUGCAUAGUCAUUGGUAUCGGAAACCGGAUACGUUUGAAGGUGCUACUGUGCUUGUAAUCGGUGCCGGUCCUAGCGGUAUGGAUAUCACCAAUCACAUCAGCAAAUUCGCCAAGCAUAUCUUUCUCAGCCACAACUUAGAUCCAGCCCCUUGCACCGAUUUCAUGCCGAAUGUUACCCAGAAGACCGUCGCACAGCGCUUCACCGAAGAUGGCGCUAUCUUCAAAGAUGGCAGCACUGAAAUUUUCGACCACAUUAUCUUCUGCACCGGCUAUAAAUACACCUUCCCCUUCCUCAGCAUCGACGUUUCGUUGCGUGUCGAUGAUAAUUUCGUGCAUCCACUCUACAAGCACUGCAUCAACAUUAAUUACCCAACAAUGGCGCUAAUUGGUUUGCCUUUCUACGUCUGCCCUUCACAGUCAUUUGAUUUGCAAGUGCGAUUUGCGCUGGCAUUCUUCACAAAGAAACGAGAAUUCCCAAGUCGUGAAGAGAUGUUCGCCGAUCUGGAGAAGGAUAUGGAGCGACGCCGCAAAAAGGGUCUGACCAACCGACAAGCGCAUGCGAUGGGAGAUAAACAGUACGACUACUAUCGCGAUCUCUCAGAGACAGCUGGCAUCGAAAACAUCAAACCGGUUAUUAACAAAAUUAUGGAGGAUUGCAGCCGCAAAUACAUCUAUGAGUUGGCCACAUAUCGUAACGAUCGUUUUACGGUGCUGGAUGACGAAACCUUCGUUAAAUUUCCUAUGCAGGCCAAAUAAUAGUCUAAAUUGAUUAUGUUGCUUCUACAUAUAUGUUGCUUGGGGGUUUUCUUUGGGUAGUGGGUGCUACGUUAUUACUUAACUGAAUAAUUAACUUAAAAUAUCUUUAACGUUAACUGUUGUAAAUAAUCCAUAAUCAUCUUUCAUAUUCAAGCUUCAUAUGCGCAAUAAAAUUUGUUAAGCGAAAAACGCGAAACACAUAA